AUGUCUUCAGCUAGUUUUUCACCUCAUCCACUACUUGUUUUCAAUGGUGAAAACUACCACAUUUGGGUAGUAAAGAUGAAGACCUACCUUCAAGCUUUUGACUUGUGGGAGAUAGUGAAUGCUGAUAUUGAGCCACCACCAUUGAGGGCUAAUCCUACCAUAGCACAAAUCAGGCAACAUAGUGAUAAUCGUGCUAAGAAGUACAAUAUCAUGUCGUGCCUGCAAAGUGGUGUUUCAGAUGUGAAAUUGACCAGGAUCAUGACCUAUGAGACUCUAAAAGAAACUUGGGAUAAGCUAAAAGAUGAGUUUCAAUGCUUAGAAAAAACUAGACAACAACAACUUAUUAAUCUCAGGAGAGAUCUUGAGAAUUUGAAGAUAAGGGAGGUUGAAACAGUGAAGCAUUUUACAAAUAGAAGCAUGGCAAUGGUUAAUAGCAUUAGACUUCUUGAAGACUAG